AUGACACCUUUCCUCCCUUUAUCUCUUCCAGGUUUUGGUCGGAAGGAUGUAGUUGAAUAUUUACUUCAAAGCGGUGCCAAUGUCCAUGCGCGAGAUGAUGGAGGCCUUAUUCCUCUUCACAACGCUUGCUCUUUCGGUCAUGCCGAAGUUGUCAAUCUUCUGUUGCGGCAUGGUGCAGAUCCCAACGCUCGGGAUAAUUGGAAUUACACUCCCCUUCAUGAAGCUGCCAUUAAGGGCAAGACAGAUGUCUGCAUUGUACUGCUGCAGCAUGGUGCUGAACCAACCAUCCGGAACACAGAUGGACGAACAGCUUUGGAUUUAGCAGACCCGUCUGCAAAAGCCGUGCUGACUGGUGAAUACAAGAAAGAUGAACUCUUAGAAAGUGCCAGGAGUGGAAAUGAGGAAAAGAUGAUGUCUCUUCUUACACCAUUAAAUGUUAACUGUCAUGCAAGUGAUGGCAGAAAGUCUACUCCUUUACAUUUAGCAGCUGGGUACAACCGUGUAAAAAUAGUACAGCUCUUGCUGCAGCAUGGGGCUGAUGUACAUGCUAAGGAUAAAGGAGAUUUGGUGCCACUUCACAAUGCCUGUUCCUAUGGUCAUUAUGAAGUAACAGAGCUUCUAGUAAAGCAUGGAGCAUGUGUGAAUGCAAUGGAUCUGUGGCAAUUCACCCCUCUGCAUGAAGCAGCUUCUAAGAACAGGGUGGAAGUAUGUUCUCUUUUGUUAAGUUAUGGUGCUGACCCAACGCUGUUGAACUGUCACAACAAAAGCACCAUUGAUUUGGCUCCAACACCCCAAUUGAAAGAACGAUUAGCAUAUGAAUUCAAAGGUCACUCACUGCUACAGGCUGCAAGAGAAUCGGAUGUAGCUCGUAUAAAGAAACAUCUUUCUUUGGAGACAGUGAACUUCAAGCAUCCUCAAACACAUGAGACAGCAUUGCACUGUGCUGCUGCAUCUCCAUAUCCUAAGAGAAAACAAGUAUGUGAAUUGCUGCUGAGGAAAGGAGCAAACAUCAACGAAAAAACAAAAGACUUCUUGACUCCUCUGCAUGUGGCAUCAGAAAAGGCUCAUAAUGAUGUUGUUGAAGUAGUUGUGAAACAUGAAGCUAAGGUUAAUGCAUUAGAUAAUCUUGGCCAGACCUCUCUCCAUAGAGCAGCACAUUGCGGUCAUCUUCAGACGUGCAGGUUGCUGUUGAGUUCUGGAUGUGAUCCUUCCAUUGUGUCUCUGCAGGGCUUUACAGCCUUACAAAUGGGGACUGAAAGUGUGCAACAGCUACUACAAGAAGGUAUCCCAUUAGGUAAUUCUGAUGCAGAUCGACAGUUGCUGGAGGCUGCAAAGGCUGGAGAUGUGGAUACUGUAAAAAAACUAUGCACGAUUCAAAGUGUGAACUGCAGAGAUAUUGAAGGACGUCAGUCUACACCACUUCAUUUUGCAGCUGGAUACAAUAGGGUGUCUGUUGUUGAAUAUCUUCUUCAGCAUGGAGCUGAUGUGCAUGCAAAAGAUAAGGGAGGACUUGUCCCUUUACAUAAUGCUUGCUCGUAUGGUCACUAUGAAGUUGCAGAACUGCUGGUUAAACAUGGUGCAGUUGUCAAUGUAGCUGACUUGUGGAAAUUCACUCCCUUGCAUGAAGCUGCGGCAAAAGGAAAAUACGAGAUUUGCAAACUGCUGUUACAGCAUGGAGCUGACCCAACGAAGAAAAACAGAGAUGGAAAUACUCCUCUAGACCUUGUUAAAGAUGGUGAUACUGAUAUUCAAGACCUACUUAGAGGAGAUGCAGCUCUACUAGAUGCUGCAAAGAAAGGCUGUUUGGCCCGAGUGAAAAAGCUGUGUUCACCUGACAAUGUCAACUGUCGAGACACGCAAGGACGGCAUUCAACACCACUACAUUUAGCAGCUGGUUACAACAAUUUGGAGGUUGCAGAGUACCUAUUACAGCAUGGAGCAGAUGUGAAUGCACAGGAUAAAGGAGGUUUGAUUCCUCUGCAUAAUGCGGCAUCUUAUGGGCAUGUUGAUGUAGCAGCUUUACUCAUAAAGUAUAAUGCAUGUGUGAAUGCUACAGACAAAUGGGCUUUCACACCUCUGCAUGAAGCAGCCCAGAAAGGAAGGACACAGCUUUGUGCCUUGUUACUGGCGCAUGGGGCUGAUCCUACUCUGAAAAACCAAGAAGGACAAACACCAUUGGACCUGGUCACUGCAGAUGAUGUCAGCGCAUUAUUGACAGCAGCAAUGCCUCCUUCCGCCUUACCGACCUGCUACAAACCUCAAGUUAUAAGUGUGUCUCAGACUACAGGUUCUGCAGCUGAUUCCCUGUCUUCUGUUCCAUCCAGUCCAUCGAGUCUGUCAGCUGCAAGUAGUCUUGACAACUUGUCGGGUAGUUUUUCUGAACUUCCUUCUGUUGUUGGUACAAACAGUGCAGAGGGAGCUACUGUUCUGGAGAAGAAAGAAGUUUCAGGUGUAGAUUUUAGCAUAAAUCAAUUUGUGCGGAACCUUGGCCUUGAACAUCUAAUUGACAUCUUUGAGAGAGAACAGAUAACACUGGAUGUAUUGGUUGAAAUGGGACACAAAGAAUUGAAGGAAAUUGGAAUUAAUGCUUAUGGCCAUAGGCAUAAAAUCAUUAAAGGAGUUGAAAGACUUAUUUCUGGACAGCAAGGACUUAACCCAUACCUGACUCUAAAUAAUUCUGGUAGUGGAACUAUUCUCAUUGAUCUUUCCACUGAAGAUAAGGAAUUUCAAUCGGUAGAAGAAGAGAUGCAGAGUACUGUCCGGGAGCAUAGAGACGGAGGGCAUGCUGGUGGAGUCUUCAAUAGAUACAACAUCUUAAAGGUAGCUGUUGUGUUUUUAUGGUCGAUGGUUAUACCUUUAGAG